UGGUGAGGCUGUUCCACGCUGAGCAGGAGAAGUUCCUCACGUGUGACGACCACAGGAAGAAGAUGUACGUCUUCCUACGCACCACUGGCCGCCAGUCCGCUACCUCCGCCACUAGUAGCAAAGCAUUAUGGGAAGUCGAGGUGGUGCAGCACGACCCCUGCCGUGGCGGAGCCGGCUACUGGAACAGCCUCUUCAGAUUCAAACACCUGGCCACCGGGUGUUACCUGGCCGCUGAGGUGAGUGAGGUGAACCCAGACUAUGAAGAGGAGUGCCAGGAGUCUCGGUCCUCUGUGGGGGAUUUUGUCCCCUUUAACUUCCAGUUGGACUCUGACCACGAGGCCCUGAGGGCCCGUCUGCGCACCCCCAACGAGAAGGUCAUGUACACGCUGGUGUCCGUUCCCGACGGCAACGACAUCUCCUCCAUUUUCGAGCUGGACCCUACCACUCUGCGUGGGGGGGACUCAUUAGUGCCCAGGAGCUCCUACGUGAGGCUGAGGCAUCUCUGCACAAACACAUGGGUCCACAGCACCAACUCCCCCAUCGACAAGGAGGAAGAGAAGCCUGUCAUGCUGCGGAUCGGCACGUCUUCCGUGAAGGAGGAUAAAGAGGCCUUUGCCAUAGUGCCUGUGCCCCCGGCCGAAGUCCGAGACCUGGACUUUGCUAACGACGCCAGCAAAGUGCUGGCCUCCAUCGCGGGCAAGCUGGAGAAGGGCACCAUCACGCAAAACGAGAGGAGGUUCGUCACUAAGCUGCUGGAGGAUUUGGUGUUCUUUGUGGUGGACAUCCCCAACAGCGGCCAGGACGUGCUGGAGAUCAUGGUCAACAAGCCCAACAGAGAGCGACAGAAGCUCAUGAGGGAGCAGAACAUCCUCAAACAGAUCUUCAAGCUGCUGCAGGCUCCGUUCACAGACAGCGGCGAUGGCCCCAUGCUGCGCCUGGAGGAGUUGGGUGACCAGCGCCACGCCCCCUUCAGGCACAUCUGCCGCCUCUGCUACCGCGUGCUGCGCCACUCACAGCAGGACUACAGGAAGAACCAGGAGUACAUAGCCAAGCAGUUCCGCUUCAUGCAGAAGCAGAUUGGCUACGACGUGCUGGCUGAGGACACCAUCACGGCCCUGCUGCACAACAACCGCAAACUCCUCGAGAAGCACAUCACUGCUGCCGAGAUCGACACCUUUGUUAGCCUCGUCAGGAAGAACAGAGAACCUAGGUUUCUGGACUAUCUGUCCGAUCUCUGUGUUUCCAUGAAUAAAUCGAUCCCCGUGACGCAGGAGCUAAUCUGCAAUGCUGUGCUGGAUCCAGCUAACGCCGACAUCCUCAUUGAGACCAAGUUGGUCUUGUCACGUUUCGAAGUCGAGUCGGUGACUAUCGGGGAGGCCCCCGUUGAGACCGAGGAGGAUGAGGAGGAGGUGUGGCUCUUCUGGAAGGACAGCUGCAAGGAGAUCCGCAGCAAGAGCAUCCGCGAGCUGGCCCAGGAUGCCAAAGAAGGCCAGAAGGAGGACCAAGAGGUCAUCAGCUACUACAGGUACCAGCUGAACUUGUUUGCGAGGAUGUGCCUGGACCGGCAGUACUUGGCCAUCAACAAGAUCUCGGGCCAGCUGGACGUGGACCUGAUCCUGCGCUGCAUGUCGGACGAGGACCUGCCCUACGACCUGCGCGCCUCCUUCUGCCGCCUCAUGCUGCACAUGCACGUGGACCGCGACCCCCAGGAGCAGGUCACGCCCGUCAAGUACGCGCGCCUCUGGUCCGAGAUCCCCUCCCAGAUCGCCAUCGACGACUAUGACAGUGACGGCACCACGCGAGAUGAGAUUAAGGAGCGGUUCGCCCUCACCAUGGAGUUUGUCGAGAACUACCUACGCGAUGUGGUUUGUCAGAACGUGCCCUUCUCCGACAAAGAGAAAAACAAGCUCACGUUUGAGGUUGUUAAUCUUGCCAGGAAUCUCAUCUACUUUGGCUUCUACAACUUCAGUGACCUAUUGCGCUUGACCAAAAUCCUCCUGGCCAUCCUUGACUGUGUCAAUGUCAGUACAAUAUACCCCAUCAACAAGCUUGAGAAAGGAGAUGAGAACAAAGGCGAAAACCAGAGCGGCAGUAACGUCAUGCGCUCCAUCCACGGGGUGGGGGAGCUGAUGACUCAGGUGGUGUUGAGGGGAGGGGGCUUCCUGCCCGCCACCCAGAGCCUGCCCAUCCCCACCAACGGAGACGUGGUCAAGGCCCAAGUGGAGCCCGAGAAGGAGGACAUUCUGGUGAUGGACACCAAACUCAAGAUCAUAGAGAUCCUGCAGUUCAUCUUGAAUGUGCGGCUAGAUUACCGCAUCUCUUGCCUGCUCUGCAUCUUCAAGCGUGAGUUUGAUGAAACAAACACGCAGACGGACUUGGCAGCUGCAGUGGCCAAUCCAGACGGAUCCAACAACAUGCCAGCACUCGAUUUUGAGAAGAUCGAAGAGCAAGCAGAGGGUAUAUUUGGUGGAAGUGAGGAGAACACACCACUGGACCUGGAUGACCACGGUGGUCGGACAUUCCUGCGGGUUCUCCUCCACCUAACCAUGCAUGACUACCCUCCUCUGGUGUCGGGGGCGCUUCACCUGCUCUUCAGGCACUUCAGCCAGAGACAGGAGGUGCUCAUGGCCUUCAAACAGGUCCAGCUGCUGGUCACCAGUCAGGAUGUGGAGAACUACAAGCAGAUCAAGAGCGAUCUGGACCAGUUGCGCUCCAUCGUGGAGAAGUCUGAGCUGUGGGUCUACAAGAGGCAGGGCGAUGAGAACAAUGAUGGAGGAGAUGGACCUGCAGCCGAGUCCGACCACAAGAAGAAGGGGGAGUCGGGCGGCUCAGACAAGAAGAAGACGGAGAGCACAAGCAGCUACAAUUACCGCGUAGUUAAGGAGAUCCUGAUACGGCUCAGUAAGCUCUGUGUCCAGGAAGGAUCGUCAGGGAAGAAGAGUAAGAAGCAGCAGCAGAGGCUCCUGAGGAACAUGGGGGCGCACAGUGUGGUGCUGGAGCUGCUGCAGAUCCCCUACGAGAAGGGCGAAGAUGUCCGCAUGCAGGAGAUUAUGAAGCUGGCUCAUGAGUUCCUGCAGAACUUCUGUGCAGGGAACCAACAGAACCAGACCCUGCUCCACAAGCACCUCAACCUGUUCCUCAACCCAGGGAUCCUGGAGGCGGUGACCAUGCGGCACAUCUUCAUGAACAACUUCCAGCUGUGUAGCGAGAUCAACGAGCGGGUCGUGCAGCACUUUGUCCACUGCAUCGAGACCCGCGGCCGGCACGUCCAGUACCUCAAGUUCCUGCAGACCAUUGUCAAGGCCGAGAACAAGUUCAUCAAGAAGUGCCAGGACAUCGUCAUGGCCGAGCUGGUCAACGCGGGCGAGGACGUGCUGGUGUUCUACAACGACCGGGCGUCCUUCCAGACGCUGGUGCAGAUGAUGCGCUCGGAGCGCGACCGCAUGGACGAGAACAGCCAGCUCAUGUACCACAUCCACCUGGUGGAGCUGCUGGCCGUCUGCACCGAGGGCAAGAAUGUCUACACCGAGAUCAAGUGCAACUCCCUGCUGCCGCUAGACGACAUUGUGCGUGUGGUCACUCACGAGGACUGCAUCCCUGAGGUGAAAAUAGCCUACAUCAACUUCCUGAACCACUGCUACGUGGACACGGAGGUGGAGAUGAAGGAGAUCUACACCAGCAACCACAUGUGGAAGCUCUUUGAGAACUUCCUGGUGGACAUCUGCAGGGUGUGUAACAACACAAGUGACAGGAAGCACGCUGACACCGUGCUGGAGCGCUAUGUGACCGAGACGGUCAUGAGCAUCGUCACCACCUUCUUCAGCUCGCCCUUCUCUGACCAGAGCACCAGCCUGCAGGUGGCCCAUCUUAUGUAUGCCUCCAUUUUGGGCAAAAUAACCGAGACCCGGCAGCCUGUAUUUGUUCAGCUCCUGCAAGGUGUCUUCAGGGUGUACCACUGCAACUGGCUGAUGCCCACCCAGAAGGCCUCAGUGGAAGGUUGCAUCAAGGUCCUGUCAGACGUAGCUAAGAGCAGAGCCAUCGCCAUCCCUGUGGAUCUGGAUAGUCAGGUGAACAACCUGUUUGUGAAAUCCAAUAACGUGGUGCAGAAGACGAUCCUGAACUGGAGGCUCUCAACGCGCAACGCCACCAGGCGCGACUCCACACAGACCACGUCACGAGACUACAGGAACAUCAUAGAGAGGUUACAGGACAUUGUGUCCGCCCUGGAGGACCGGCUGCGGCCGCUGGUGCAGGCCGAGCUUUCCGUGCUGGUGGACGUGCUUCACCGGCCCGAGCUGCUUUUCCCUGAAAACACGGAGGCACGCAAAAAGUGUGAGAGCGGAGGUUUCAUCUCCAAGUUGAUUAAACACACCAAGCAGCUGCUGGAGGAGAAUGAGGAGCGUCUGUGCAUCAAAGUGCUGCAGACGCUCCGGGAGAUGAUGACCAAAGACCGCGGCUACGGAGAGAAGUUGAUUACCUUUGAUGAUGAGAUGGAAGUGGCUGAGGCGCACGACAGGUUUCUCAAUCAGCCCUCACUAGGCAAGUUCUCAGGAAAGGUGCAAGGUCUUCGUCCUGAGCAGCUGGUCCCUCCACCUGAGCCCGAAGUCCCUGCAGAGGAGCUUGACCCAAACCAGCCGCAGAAGCAACUGGAAGAUCAGAAGAGGGGUGAAGCGCUGAGGCAGAUUCUGGUGAACCGUUACUAUGGCAACAACAAGCCAGGGGGCCGCCGCGACAGCCUGACGAGCUUCAGUAAUGGGCCGCUCAGCCCCGGAGGACAGGGCAAGGCUCUGACAGGCGCCGGAGUGGGUUCCAGCGUGAGCCGCGGGGAGAUGAGCCUGGCCGAGGUGCAGUGCCAUCUGGACAAGGAGGGCGCGUCAGACCUGGUCAUCGAUCUCAUCAUGAAUGCCACCAGCGACCGCAUCUUUCAGGAGAGCAUCCUGCUGGCCAUCGCCCUGCUGGAGGGAGGCAACACAGUCAUCCAGCGUUCCUUCUUCUACCGGCUGACUCGGGACAACAAGUCGGAGAAGUUCUUUAAGGUCUUCUACGAGCGCAUGAAACUGGCCCAGCAGGAGAUCAAGGCCACGGUGACGGUCAACACCAGUGACCUGGGCAGCAAGCGGAAGGACGAGGAGCCUCCGGACAAAGACGCCCCCGCACGCAAGAAAGUGAAGGAAGUGGCCGCUGCUGUGGUGACAGAGGAGGUGCGGGAGCAGCUACUAGAGGCCUCGACCGUCACCAAGAAGGCCAUCGAGGCGUACCGGCGUGAGGUGGACGCCGAGGAGCAGUUGAGCGGCGCCGAGGGUCAGGUGGCGGCUGCCGGGGCCACGGGCACCGCCAACGACAAGAGCGUGGCGGACGAGGGCGAGAUGAGCGUCAUCAUCACCAUCAUGCAGCCCAUCCUGCGCCUCAUGCAGCUGCUGUGUGAGAACCACAACCGCGAGCUGCAGAACUUCCUGCGCUGUCAGAACAACAAGAACAACUACAACCUGGUGUGCGAGACGCUGCAGUUCCUGGACUGUAUCUGUGGCAGCACCACCGGGGGCCUGGGCCUGUUGGGCCUCUACAUCAAUGAGAAGAACGUGGCCCUCAUCAACCAGACCGUCGAGAGCCUCACCGAGUACUGCCAGGGGCCCUGCCACGAGAACCAGAACUGCAUCGCCACUCAUGAGUGCAAUGGAAUCGACAUCAUCAUUGCCCUGAUACUCAACGACAUUAACCCCCUGGGCAAGAAGAGGAUGGACCUGGUGUUGGAGUUGAAGAACAACGCCUCCAAGCUGCUGCUGGCCAUCAUGGAGAGUCGCCACGACAGCGAGAACGCCGAGCGGAUCCUCUACAACAUGCGGCCCAAGGAGCUGGUGGAGGUGAUCAAGAAGGCCUACAUGCAGGGGGAGAUUGAAGUGGAGCACACUGAGGAGGGAGAGGAGGGGGAGGAAGACCACGCUGCCUCUCCUCGCAACGUCGGCCACAACAUCUACAUCCUCGCCCAUCAGCUCGCCAGACAUAACAAAGAGCUGCAGGCCAUGCUGAAGCCGGGAGGCACCUAUGGAGAGGGCGACGAGGCCUUGGAGUUCUAUGCCAAGCACACAGCUCAGAUUGAGAUUGUGCGUCUGGACCGCACCAUGGAGCAGAUAGUCUUCCCCGUGCCAAACAUCUGUGAGUUCCUCACACAAGAGUCCAAGCUGCGCGUCUACUACACCACGGAGCGUGACGAGCAGGGCAGCAAAAUCAACGACUUCUUCCUGCGCGCUGAGGACCUCUUCAACGAGAUGAACUGGCAGAAGAAGCUGCGAGGUACUCAAGAGGCUACUGGUAACGCAAACACGGUUCCCUCCCAGCCCAUCCUCUACUGGUGCUCCAGGAACAUGUCCUUCUGGAGCAGCAUCUCCUUCAACCUGGCCGUGCUCAUGAACCUGCUGGUGGCCUUCUUCUAUCCCAUUGAGGGAAUUCGUGGAGGUACACUGGAGCCUCACCUGUCGGGGCUGCUGUGGCUGGCCAUGCUGGUGUCGCUGGCAAUCGUCAUCGUGCUGCCGCAGCCCCACGGGAUCCGGGCACUCAUCGCGUCCACCAUCCUGCGCCUCAUCUUCUCCGUGGGCCUGGAGCCCACCCUCUUCCUGCUCGGGGCCUUCAAUGUGGGCAAUAAGGUCAUCUUUCUGAUUAGUUUCGCGGGGAACCGGGGCACGUUCACGCGUGGCUACAAGGCCAUGAUCAUGGAUGUGGAGUUCCUCUACCACGUCCUCUACCUAAUCAUCUGCAGCCUCGGCGUCUUCGUCCACGUCUUUUUCUACAGCCUACUGCUCUUUGACCUGGUGUACCGAGAGGAGACGCUGCUGAACGUGAUCAAGAGCGUGACGCGUAACGGCCGCUCCAUCGUGCUGACCGCCGUGCUGGCCCUCAUCCUGGUCUACCUCUUCUCCAUUGUGGGCUACAUCUUCUUCAAGGACGACUUCAUCCUGUCCGUGGACAGGAUACCCAACAAAACACUAGAGAGCGGCGCCAGCAUGGUCGGGGACUUCCUCUCUGGCACAGCAUGUCGGAAGGACACUGGGGAGAACUGCUCUACAGAGGCUGUGGUAGAUGCCAUGGUGGCGUCGGCGGUGGUGAUCGAGGACAAGGAGCGCACAUGUGACUCUCUGCUCAUGUGCAUCGUCACCGUCCUCAGUCAUGGCCUGCGGAGUGGCGGCGGUGUGGGGGACGUCCUGCGCAAGCCUUCCAAAGAGGAGCCGCUGUUCACGGCGCGGGUCAUCUACGACCUCCUCUUCUUCUUCAUGGUUAUCAUCAUCGUCCUGAACCUGAUCUUCGGUGUGAUCAUCGACACCUUCGCCGACCUCAGGAGCGAGAAGCAGAAGAAAGAAGAGGUGCUCAAGACCACCUGCUUCAUUUGUGGCCUGGAGCGAGACAAGUUUGACAACAAGACGGUGACGUUCGAGGAGCACAUCAAGGUGGAACACAACAUGUGGCACUAUCUCUUCUUCAUCGUGCUGGUGAAGGUCAAGGACCACACGGAGUACACAGGGCCAGAGAGCUACGUGGCCCAGAUGAUCAGGGAGCACAACCUAGACUGGUUUCCGCGGAUGCGCGCCAUGUCUCUGGUGAGCAUGGACGGCGAGGGCGAGCAGAACGAGAUCCGCAACCUGCAGGAGAAGCUGGAGUCCACCAUGAAGCUGGUCUGUAACCUGUCAGGCCAGCUGACCGAACUCAAGGAGCAGAUGACAGAGCAGAGGAAGCAGAAGCAGAGGAUCGGGCUCCUGGGUCACCCCCAGCACAUGAAUGUCAACCCCCAGCAGCCGGCAUGAGACCUAGCCGCACCAGGCCACUUCCCUGCAUCCUCACCCCAGCAGCCACCGAGGGUUCGGGGG